CGGGCCGGAGCCCGCCGGGGCCGGGGCGCGCGGGCCGCUCCCCGCGCGUGUGUCCCGCUCGCACUUCCCCGCGGCGGCGGCGGCUUGGCGGGGAGCGUUCAGCUCGGGACCUCGGCGGAGAGGACCCUCUGCGCGUCUUUCCGUCCCAAGAUGGCAGCGCCCGGCCGCGCGCAGGUGCUGGCGCUGUACCGGGCGAUGCUGCGGGAGAGCCAGCGCUUCAGCGCCUACAGCUACAGAACUUACGCCAUCAGGAGGAUAAGAGAUGCCUUCAGAGAGAAUAAGGACGUAAAGGAUCCUGUAGAAAUUCAAGCCCUAGUGAAUAAAGCCAAAAGAGACCUUGGGAUGAUCCGUCGGCAGGUAAAUGAAGUAGAUGUGACCUUGAUACAAGACCAAGUUAAAAUCUUCUGUUCUAAUUCAUACUGAUGAGGUAGAAUCGUCUGGAGAACUCUGCAGACUUGCUGAUCCCUGCGGUCCGAUGCAGCCUGGACCCCGGGAGGCCCAGUAGCUCCCAGGGUGAUCUGAUGUGCAGACAAGCCUGGGGUCCCUGUUAGGGCACCGUUAGCCUGAAACACCUUGAUUGUGUCUUGGCUUGACUGGAGGAGGGGGCCUUGUUCUUUCUACAGCUCCUCUCCAGGGAGGAUGAGUCCUGGGAAUGACUAACAGGAAGUGGGAAAACUGUCUUUUCAAGAAGGUGCUCACAGAUUUUCUGUAGAGAAGGCUUUCCCUCUGUUCCUAAUUACCCAGUGAGCAGUGCUAGCUCAGCAGGAGGCUCCGGCCGAAGAGGAAGGCCUAGACCGCCUCUGCGUCCACGCACCCAGCUGUCCUGCCGCCUUCCUCCCCGCCAUCCCACCACGUGGAGGAGGUAGUCGUGAUGUGACGCGGACGUGUCAGUGCUGUGAAAGCACACAGCCCUGCAGCUUCUUCCUGUCCAAGGCAUGGUGGUAGUGGCUGUUUCAGUUUUUGUUUUUAAAAUCCCACUGUGAAUACAACUAUCCUCUAAUGAAAAUACAUCACUAAAAUUUUGCAUAAUCCAUAAGCCCUUUGUGACUGCUUUUCUCAGUGAUUAAUAUCUUAUUUGCUUUCCUCCUCAGUGACCAAAAGUAAUUGAUAUACUAUAUUUUAAUACUUUGUAUUACACUGCUUUAACUAAUUUCAUAAGUUAUUCCAAAUGCUGACCACUAAGGAUAUUUUUUACUCAUCUAAAAAUCUGUUUAAGGUUGUUCUGUGUUGGGUGGGAGAAGGUUAUAUACAACAGUUUGAAAACAAUGCCAUAGAAAAGUCUAAAUAAAACCAAAGAAAGUAAAACUUUUAAAGGUAAAUCAUGCUAAUUUAUCAUUUAGUCAAUAGUUUUUUUUUUUUCACAUCUUAUAUUUCU